AUGGAGAAGGCAGGACACGAGCAUGUGAUCGGCAUCCCGGUGAGCAGCACUGCUAUCGGCAUCGAGGAGCCCGAGUUCACGAGCGGCGAUGCAAAGUAUUCAACGAGCGUGCGUACCGGCGGCAAGUCAGACCGCAGGACCGGGGACAAGUUUGCUCGGGGCGUCAAAGAACACGUGACUCUCGGCCCAAAGCUGUACGAGACAGUGAGGGGAAAGCUGUCGCUGGGCGCCAGAAUCAUCCAAGCCGGCGGCGUGGAGAAAGUCUUCCGGCGGUGGUUCUCUGUUGAGAAGGGCGAGAAACUCCUGAAGGCCUCGCAGUGCUACCUGUCAACGACCGCCGGCCCGAUCGCCGGGUUGCUCUUCGUAUCGUCGGAGAGGGUGGCCUUCCGCAGCGACCGGUCGCUGGCGCUGACCUCGCCCAAGGGCGACACGGUGCGGGUGCCGUACAAGGUGGCCGUCCCGCUGAGGAGGGUGAAGGCGGCCAUGCCGAGCGAGAACCAGCACCGGCCAGAGCAGAAGUACGUCCAGCUGGUGACCGACGACGGCUUCGAGUUCUGGUUCAUGGGCUUCGUCAGCUACAAGGCAUCCCUGCAGCACCUCGAGCAGGUCAUCGGCGCGGCGGGGGGUGGGAUGAAGGCGAAGCGCAACAUCGCCGCCGGGAGCUCAGCAAGGUGUGAGGACGGGCGCUCGGCCGAGUCAACGCCGCACGAGGCCGAGGUUGUCGAGCUGAGGCUGGAUGGGAACGACGAACCGCGCGAGCAUGGGCAUGGCCGUGAAGACGCCCCGAGCAUGGGCACGAGCCUUGCAGCGGGGGCCCUCUAA